AUGAGGAUCCUGAUCCUCCUGCUGGUCGCCGAGAAGUUCCUGCAAGUCGGCCCGAAUUUCCUGGAGUGUCCGGGAAACGUCACGGGAGGGAUACUUGCGGGUUCGAGGACGCAGAAGACCCUCCUCAGGAAGAAGAGGUACUUGAGCUUUCCAAAAGGAAGCAGCUUCACCAGCACCGUGGCGAUCGUCAAGGCGAUCCAGAUCCAGCUGCCGACCAGUUGGAACCUCGCCCUGGACUUCGACGUCAUUUGGCCCAUCCCGAGCCUUGAUCGGGGACCGAAAAGACGAAGACCUCAUCAUCGAAGGCGCCACAAGAGGGAGGUGUACUCGAAUCUGGAAGACGCCCUCGACAGACAGGGAUUACCUGGGAAGGACUGCAUCUUGCGGGCCAUCUGCGAGGCCAGGACGAUGUUAACCCCGCCUGGGGUGUCACUCGUCGACGACCUCGUUCGAGUGCUCUUCAGGAACGUCGCCGAGUGGGAGGGCGAGGUCGACGAGUACGACGUCGCGUAUCGACGGAAGGGAAGCUGCGACGCGGUCUACCUUUGCCCCUUCUCCCUGUUAGACGUAAUUCUGAGUUACGGCUAA